CAGAUCAUUUUUUUCAAAAAUUUCCAGCCCCCUCUCGCCGGAAACUCGGCCCUUUCACCUUCUCCUUCGAUUUUCCGGCCAUAACUCCCUCUCCCGACCUCCAAAUCACAAACCGCGAACGCCCCUAUGCUCCUGGCGUCAAGGAGCACAUUCCCCAAAGAUUUGGGCAGGUUUGGCCGAGGUUGGGUCACCGGCGGUGAGUUUCCCGGCGAGUCUCCGGUGUGUUUUCCGGCGACUUUGGGUGCCUAUUUCCACUUUCUUCACCUCUCUCGUGGUCUCUCCUUGCGUCUCCAGGUGUGUUCUCCUUGUCUUUUCCUUUAUUUAUGGAGAAUCAAUACCUAGAGUUAGGUGAAGAACUUCUGAUUGUGGAAUGGUUUGGGGAAGAUUGGGUUUGAGGAUGAUUGGGAUGAUUGCAUGUUGCAUUGUAUGAUUGGGAUGAUUGGUGCUUAUUUAGUACGGUUUUGGGUAUGCUUGUUUCACCGGGGGCCUAGUCCACUGUCCGAAUCGCUCGAUUUGAGGGUCCCCGGUGUAUUUUGCUGUGAAAUUCUCGUGUGAUGGGUAUGCUUGUUUCGCCGGCAGUCUAGUCCACUGUCCAUAUCUUUUGAUAUGAGGGCUCCCGGUGUGGUUUUGGCCUAACAUUGACCCCGUUUGCUUGUGUACCCUUUGUACUUCCUUGGGUUUUGCAGGAUCAUGGAGGUUUUUCUCGACCAGAUGAGCAUCACCCAGCGCCAUAUGCUGCGGAACCUCCGUCACCGCACCAUCGCCGAGCACCUGCACCUCGAUUGGGAGGUGUUCGAGGCACUUCAUGCCAGGCCACAGAUGGAGGCCGUGGUCCGCACCUAUGGUUGGAGGCGUCUUCUCACCCUCGCCGAGCCGACCUACAAGGAGCUCGUCUGGGAGUUCUACGCCACCUUCCACCACAACUCGAAGGGAAACUCCGACCAUGCUGAUGCAGUUCAGUUCACACUCGGCGGGGUGGAGCACUCCCUCAGUUACUGGGAGUUCGCCAAUGCACUUCGUCUCAAUUCCCGGGAGGCCGGCGGACCGCCCCUACGCUUGGAUCUCUCUGAUCCCACCGACUUCGCUUCCCAGGCGUACUUUCAGCACAUUUGCCUACCGAACAAUGCGGAUGAAGAGUACGUUGCCAGCCAGACACGGGCCGCUCUCCUCCGUCCGGAGUGGCGGAUCCUCAACCACCUGCUCUGCACUUCCUACACACCCAGCAAAGGUUCAUCCAACCGGGUCACACUCCGGACCCUCUGGUUCAUGGAUGCGAUGGGUCGUUCUGAGGAUACCAUCCAGCUGGGCUCUGUGCUCGCCUGGACGUUCACUAAAGCCACCAGCAGCACGACUCCCAGCCUUGUAUGUGGCCCGGUGAUCACCGCCUUGGCCCGCAACUACGGGGUUGACUACACAGGGAUGACAUUGGUCCGCGGGCCAACCCCACUCAGCGAGGAUACUCUCCGCCACCAGCACUUGGUUGCUCGCCACGGGCGUGUGAACUGGAUCGCGGGCCUUCCUCAGCCGCCUCUCCCUGCAGCGGGCGACCAGCCCGAGUCGAGCGCCGCUGGUGGACGCAGCGUUCCCCGUUGCGCUGUCCGUCGUGAACAGUCUCCCGCGAUCCCCUCUCCUGCUCCCCGGUCUCCUUCUCCAGGGUCACCUCCUCUAGUGGUGGUGCCCAUCUCCGACCAGUUGGCGGCGAUCGCUCAGCAGAACGAGCGCAUCCUGGCCGGCCAGGAGCGCAUCCACACCCGCCUUGAUCGUGAGCGGGACCGAGGGCGUCGUCUCAUGUCAGGGCGGCACUACAUUAUGUCCUACUUGGGCUUGGACCCGAACGCGGUCCACUACCCGUUCGUGCAGUCCCCAGGGUUUGAGGAUGAGUACCCUCCACCCCCUGGCGAUGGUGGUGAUGCCUUCUAGAGCUGGUUCUGUGUUUUAUUUGUGUUCCAGACUAAGACUCCAUGUUUUGUGGUUUUGUUUUGUUUUGUUUUGUUUUAUCUUGGAUUGUAGACUUGGUACUAUGAUUUCUAUCACCCAGUGUGUGUGUUUUUGUUGUCUCUAGCUCUGUGCCUCCUUCUUUUGACUGGUCCGCCAUCCAGUCAACGUUCCUGACCACUGUUUCACGGUAACAUCGUUCCCCUUCCCUCUGCUCCAUUGAGGACAUUGUCGCAUUUAAGUGUGGUGGGGGGGGGGGGGGGGGGUUCUUUGUAUGAAUUGGAACGUAUAUAUGUGUGCUUGGAGCCUAGUCCACUGUCCAAAUCUUGAGAUUUGAGGGCUCCAAGCACGGCUGUUUGCUUGAUAUUUGAUCGUAUUGGCACUGUGGAUGUGAUUAGUGAAUUGAAUGGCUUUUGACUUGAUACAUGACAACUUGAGUGUGACUUAGACAACUUACUGUGAUGACUGAGAUGUGCAGUAGAACUGUGUAGGAGUUCAGUUUUUCAACUGUUUGCUCACCAAAUGUGACUUGGUUUGAUCACUUGCUUUUGACAGUCAUUUAUGCAUCUAGUUCAGGGAAUCAGAACGAGAGAUAGAGCAUAUAGGUAGCCAUGUGAGACUUGAGCCUGCUCGUUUCUUUCUUGUGCGAUAGUUCCCUCUUCCAUGAUGUGCAGCAUUCACGUUGUCAUUAGCUAAGAUGAUGGAGGCAUAGGAUUAGCCCACGACCAAAUUGACUGUCCUGGUGUGUCAUACCCCCUAGUCAGCCCCUUUGAGCCGUGUGUUACCCUUUCUUUCGGUCAAUAUGAAAAAAUCACCCUUUUGCAUCUCUUAGAAGGUUCCACAGAGUGGUUUUUACAUGUUCUCUGCGGUUUCUGCUUAAUAUAAUGUGAAGGUUGGAGGUAUUCUUAAAAAGUUGGGCAGGUGCUUGAAAUAUGUGCAGAGGUUGUGGUUCUCUUAAGAAAUGAAAAAAAAAAACAAAGAAAAAAUGAAAGCAAAAGAGAGCCACCACCAAAAAUCUGAAUAGUGCCCAUUAAGUAGUGUUUCUUAGCAAUCUGGCUUAGAAAUACUAGCAUUUAUGCGACCUCCUUCGCUCUUAUGCUCUGAAGAAUUUGAGUAAUGCAGAAUAGCAGAAAGAAAGUUAUUGGUUUGAUUGACUGUGAGUUUGUUGGGUUUGGAAAUGUGGAACCUUGUGCUAUGAAUACUUCCACCACCUAAAAGGCCUUUUCCCCAUGUCCAAGACCCUAGCCAGUCAUCUCAACCUGUGUCUAAGACCUCCGGAUUAGUUAGUGGUGACACCCCAUAUGUGAACUCUAGCACUUAGAGGCUGCAUUCAUGAAGAGAUGUUAGGGAUUGAGAGAUUAAGCAUGCGCAUUUUUUGCAUCAAAUUGUCCUGACCCCACUGGUCGAGAUUGAGCGAUUCAUUUUCUCUUAUUCUCUAUACUCUUUAUCACGGUGAGGACCUAGAUUGCUCGGUCUUAAUUCUGAUAUCUUGAGCUUUGUACAUGAAGUGACUGUUUUGAACAAGUGGUUGAGUCAAGUCUAUGUUGGUUGGUGAACAGAAGGGAGACUCUUCCUUUGCUCGAUUUUACUGCAUUCGAAUGUCAUCUGUGGUGGUUGUCUAGGUUGUCAUUGAGGUUUUCCAUGUGUUAAUGAUCGAAAGCCAGUAUGAUCCACGUGUUUUGUGCCGAUAUGACAUGCCCUGUUUUGAGCUUACCUUGUGUCUGACUUGGUUUGCUUGGGGACAAGCAAACGGUUAAGUGUGGGGGAAUUUGAUAACAAUGUAAUUGCACAUAUUUGCGCCCCUAGUUCUUAUCCGUUUGAGGGGCAUAGUCGUGUAUUUUUGGCCUAUUUUACGCCGGGUUGUGCUAUUUUGUCAUAUUUCAGGUCCCAGACGUCAAAGGAAAGGCUAAGCACGAGUUUCGGGGCAUUCAGAAGUCAUUCGGUGGAGCUGGAGCCAAAACACGGGCACACCUAAAGCAGAACACGGCCGUGUUCCAAAGCCGUGCUUUUACUGCCGAGACUUAAUAUGGGGUUGAAAAACACGAGCUCAAAACACGGGCAGGGUUGAGGAAAAACACGGCCGUGUCCACCAAAAGCACGCCCGUGUUUUCCCCCAACAGUCUGGCCGUGUAAUUAACCCUUGGCAAAACACGGGCGGGUUGAGGAAAAACACGGCCGUGCCCUCGACCGUGUUUUGCCCAGUGAUGCCCUUUUAAGCAGAUUUCAGCCAAAACAGAAGGGGAUUCGAGUUUUAGAGAGACAGAGCGAUUCCUAGAGAGAGAAAGCGACGAACAAGAGUUCCCAAGUGCCCUAGCUUGAUCUUCAUCACCAUUGGAGCUUGGCUUGAGCUUGGAGAAGUGCCGAUCAACGUCCAGGAGCAGAAAUCCAUCCUUCACAGUAUGAUUUCCGCGUCUGAUUCUGCUUUUGCUUCUUUCUCCAUGGAGUAGUUCUCCCAUUCAUCUGGGUAUGGAGAACCCUAGAUUUGUAUGUUAGGUUUGAUUGUAUGAACCCAAGUACUGAUUCUAUGAUUUGAUUAUAUUCAAUUGAGGUUUGAAUGAUUGAAUGGCAUGAAUCCUGAUCAAAUUCCUGUUGUUUCUGCUUUAACCUAGAAUGAUAAUAUCUGCCUAGGUUGAUAGAGCAUCCUUGAUUGAAGGUAGGGAGUUGGUGACUUUGGUCGAGGAGCCAACUCACUAUUCUGUACCGAAUUCACUUCGGUAGUGGAGGUUUUGUUGUUAGGGCCUCAAUCUGUUUACUCCGGUGGAGGUUAGUCGCCCGCUAGAGACUCAGAUUGAGAGGGUCUGAAGACCUUUAGUCAAGACUUCAGGCUGUUUGAGAACCUUCCGCAGUAUAACUAUCAUAGAAACUGAACUUGGUAAUUGCAAUCCGGCUUAACUGCAGUCUAGGGGGAACCAUAUCCGGGUGACCUCUCUUAACCUGAAAACAACAGUUUACUUGCUUUGUUUGUUUGUUAGUUUAGACUUGCAUUAAAGUUUCAUUGCUAGAUAACAAGAAUUCACUGAGUAGUCAUCAAAUCUAGGACCCGGGUUGACAUUUAAACCCAAACCCGCUAUACUACGCUUUAGGAAGUGGUUACACUUGGCCAAUUCCUAGAGUGACAGUAGAAGUGAGUCACCAAGCAAAGCAAGUAGACAUGAGGUAAGCUUAUAAUCUUCCUCAAAAAUUUGUGAGAAUAUGUCAUAGAGCACAAUCACGUGAAUCACAAUGGUUGUCUAGCAUCAACAUAUGGAACAAAAACAACAACAACUU